AUGCCAUCCAAGGGGGGCCGCACGCCCACACGCACGGGGGCUCUUCGGUGGCAGAUUGAGGGCAGCCUCGUCACGUCCAUCUUAAACCAACGCUUUCUACCUACUGACAAACUUGAUGAAAUCUUCAAUCUCUCCGCUAUCACAGGCGCUAUCCGAGAGCUCACUUGCGGUCCGCAUGAGCGCAUCAAUCUGGCGGACACGAUACACAAAGAUGGCAAGAGAGUGUUCGCUAUGCUCACUUACAAUCGCUUUGAGAACUAUAUUACAGAAUUCCGUAAACAUGGGGUCCUCGACAGGCAACUCCCGCUUAGUGAAGAGCGCGCAGAGGAAAUUAUGGGCUCUGAGGACGGCCGCCGCCUCGCAUUGGAUUUCCAAUGGAUGUUCCUUCCUUACGUCUUCCCGGAAGAUAUGAGUGAGACUCAUCUUCGGAUUGACAAGCAGUGCAUCCUUCCCUUCAUCAGCGAGCAUCAAAUCGCCACUGGAGCUUUUGGAGUCAUAGACAAGGUCUGCAUACCGCCGUCCCAGCACAAAUUUAUCGAACAAGGAGCGGAAGAGUUGCAAAUCGUACGGAAGCGGCUCGUCUUGAAGGGUCAGACGGAGAAUUUCGAAAGAGAAGACAAAUGUCUACGACUCCUGAAUCGCCUCAAGCAUCCGAACAUCAUCCCUUUCUGGGGCUCUUACACGUACCGAGAAGAGCAGAAUUUCCUAUUCCCCUAUGUUGGUAUGAAUCUCGGCAACUUCCUCAAAGCGAAAGAACGCCAUGGAGAGUUUCGAUGGGACUUCACCUUUUAUUCGGCACUCACAGGACUCGCGUCAGCACUCUCCAAUACACACCGACUGUUUCUCAAAGAGAGUGAGCACGAUGUUGAUUUUGAGGGUAUUGGCUACCACCACGAUCUCCGGCCGCCUAAUGUCUUGGUCUGCGAGGAUACCUUCAUUCUUGCCGACUUCGGACUAGGCGGCUUGAAGGACUCAGCAGCUCUAUCGCAUACGCCGUACAAGAUAAUCAGUGGGGACUAUAUCUCACCAGAGUGUACAGACAUGGAAGAGAAUCCACAGACAGUUAAUCGAAGCAUAGACGUCUGGGCCUUCGGCUGUCUCAUCUUGGAGAUCGUCACGUACAUGCUCAAAGGAGCUGAGGGGGUCGAAGAAUUUCGCAAGAAGCGACUCACCAAGGGACGGUUUCCCCAUUUCAAAGACGCCGGUUUCUAUCAGCCUCAUGGAGAAAUUAAGCAAGAGGUACUGGAUUGGAUAGAGGAUUUGAAGUCAUACAAACCCCAAGCGGAUUUGGUGCAUCGGCUUUUCCAGCUAUCCCUGAAUGCUCUUCAAGUGCAACCUUCAGAACGGCCUGUCAUGGAUGAGAUGCAUGAGCGCCUGCAAACAUUGAGUCUCCUGGAGCACUUUGACUCUAUCGAACGCAUAUUUUGCCUAGUCGGCAGGACUGCUGAAGACACAAAUGAGGACUUGAAGCAUCACAUAAAGUGCCUUCAGUUCGCGCAGAAGCGUUUUGAAACCUGGGGUCAAGUCCUGGGCUUGAACCAGAGAAUCGUCUUCCGCCUGCAUUCUACGUCAUUGGAAAGCUCUGUCAAAGUUUUAAGAAGCCUGUUUCAUAUACUAAGAGAGGAACCGGACAAGCGAGACCUCGUAGACUCAACUGCCCUACGUUCCCUUCAACACCAGAUGGAUCGGAAAAUCAAAGAGCUCUGGGAUGCGUUACCGGCCCAUCUUCUCUCAUCUGCCAAUGAGAUAUUGAAGGACAAAGCUUCCGGCAGCGGCAUUUUUGAGCAGGUUCUGAGCCUGUCCCAGUCUAUCGAGGAAAAAGUGCCACUCGCCAAUCCUGCCACUUCGGUGGAUGGACUGCUGUACGAAUUCGAGAAGGCAGCACAGUUAUUCAAAGAUAGACUGCCAGACUCUGUCCCUUGGGAUGAGAUCCUCAAGGCAACAUCCAUUGAGGACGUAUAUGAUACUACGGACAAACUUCAGGAUGAUAAAGAACUUCGCAACCUCUCGAAAAUGCGUCCCUAUUUGGAACGCCUUUGCAGCUAUGCUGGGGUAGUUCAAGACGCCAUUCGUGAAAGCAAUAAUGUUCUCACAUUUCUCUGGGGGCCAUUGGCACUUCUUUUGCAGUGGUCAAGCGAAAAUGACAAAGCCUACAGCUCGAUCAUUGAUGCCGUGGCUGAAGUGGGACAAGCACUGCCCGAUUUCCAGUCGUUAGGGGCUGUUCUCAGCCAUAACUCUGACAGCAAAGAGAUCCUGCUUCUCUUCUUCAAAGAUAUCUUUGACUUCUAUCUCGCGGCAUUGCAGCCUUUCAGUCACCCAGGAUGGAUGCAUAUCUUCGAUCGCUCAUGGCCGAGACACUUAGCCUUGGUCUUGAGAGUUACAAGCCAUAUAGAGCGCCUCAGUCGGUUGAUGAGGAUCGAUUUCCGUCUGGAGCACAUUCAGCAGGAGCACGAGUUCCGCAAGGAUGCCCUCGAGGUGUUCAGAAUACAGACAAAGAAAACUCGAGAGCAAGAAUUCCACUGUAUCAAGACAGCCCUCAAUCCAUGCAGCUUUGAUGAGACUCUGUAUCAUCUUCGAAGUGUUUGCAGCCUGGGAAGCGGUGAUUGGCUGUUUAAAAACGAUAUUUACACCAGAUGGCUUGAUGGCUCGCAAGCGCGAUCCCGGGUUUUGUGGUUAAGAGGGAUUCCAGGGGCAGGCAAAACAGUCCUCUCUUGCAUACUUGUCGACCAUCUCAAAGGGAUCCAGCCCAAUUCCGUAGGAUUUGCGUUUCUGACAUACCAGAACGAGAACAUUUCAGCGCUUUCAAUAAUGCAUUGCUUUAUCUUUCAGCUAGCUGAGAGAGAUGAUGAGCGCGUUGCUUUUGUCUGCGAAUCGACGAGCCGGGAUCUAAAGAGUAAUCUAGCCGUUGCGACAGACCUUCUGGAAUCCCUAAUCCGCCAUGCUGGAACAGUCUACCUCGUCGUUGACGGUAUCGAUAAAAUCAGUGGUACGGAGCGAUGCAGAUUGGCCAGAGAGCUUCUUAGCGUGGCCGAGGUAUGCGAGGGCCUGAGAAUCGUUCUCAGUAGCCUCGAGGAAGCGGAUCUGAAGAGCAUUCUGGAGCACGCAGCAGUCCACGUUCACAUUCAGAAAUACAACGAAGAAAGCAUAUCGGCCUAUGUCAGUCAACGAAGUCAGCAUCUUUUCGACAAGUUAAAGGUUCCCAAACCGAGACAGAUCGAGAUACGAAAGCUCUUGGGCCCACUAGCGAGACGCGCCGAAGGCAUGUUCCUCUACGCUCGGCUCACGAUGGAUAUGGUCGAAGACAUGCACGAAUUGUCGGAAAUCAAGAAUGAGCUGGUCGUCCUUCCCAAAGGCCUUGAUGCAGCUUACCUUCGUAUCAUCACACGCUUGAGCAAUGGCAAGGACAAGCGCGUCGCAGAGAAGGCCUGGAGACUCUUGGGAUGGAUAGCUUGUAGUCCAACUCCACUUACCGUCGAGGAGGCUGGACAGGCACUGGUUUUGCAGCCCUGCAACCGGGAUCAGGUCUUCAAUGCAGUGACGAAGCUAGACGUAGUGAAGGUUCUUGGUCCAAUUGUCGAGACUGUUGGUGGUUACAUACGCUUUGUUCAUUUCACAGCAAAAGAUUACAUCUCCAGUGCUCACCUCGGACCGCACUUGCAAUUGAUCAACACGACCCAGGCUACCAUGGAUCUGGCAAGACGGUGUAUCGACUAUCUCUGCCAGCGCCAUCAUGAUCUCGAUUUGACUUCCAAAGAAGUUUCUGACAAGGUCUUCAGUGGGCAAUACAGUUUCCACGCUUUUUCAACACAAAUGUGGUUCGAGCUGUCUUGUCAGUACCUCAGCUCAGCCGUUCGGAUGGAUCCACCACCAAAUUUUGUUGAAUCACUCCAAAUGCUCUGGCAGUUGAGGAAAAGGCGCAGCUCUCAAAGCGUUACCGACGUCUCGAGUGAGGCUGAGCGAGAGGUCGACAGCCACGAAGCUAGCGAGAGCCAAGUCACUUUCGAGAAAUUAAAAGGGGCUCGACCUUUGUUGCAUCAACUGCUCUGCGAAGUCUCACGCUUUCGUACUUCGUCCUUUUUUUUCACCGGCAAGUCAGUACAAGGAUUCGUCUCCGAGACGAUGCGACAGAAACAUCUGCAGGAAGGUCAUCGGACUGACCCACAAUCACUGGUCUUCGAUGCCCGGGAUAUCCCCAUGGACGUUCUUGAACCAUGCCUUUCCUACCUGAUACGAGAGGAUCGAGUAAAUGACGUAAGAAUGGUUCUGUCAACCUCUUCAAGCCCCCUUGAGUCUGGGGUACGAAACGGACUCAGAAGGCUCGCAGCUUCCGCAGCUUCACCUGAUAACGCCGAGCUCAUCAUAGAGUCGAUCAAGGGACAGAAUUUGAGAACAUUGGAAUACUUGCUAUCCGCUACGUCACCACUCGACGAUCAGCUAUACUCAAAUGCCCGCGAGUAUUCCUCGAUGGCACUCAAAAUUAUGUGCCAACCGGAUGUUAUCGCUGCCAGAAUGCUGAGGAUGGUAGCUAGGACCACCUGUUCGGUCACACUGGCAAGAUAUUUGCUGGAACAAGGCGCGGAUAUCAAUUUUCGAAGGAGGCCGUCGGAAGAAACAGCCUUGCAAAUAGCCGCACGACACGACACUGCUGAGGGCGCUGAGAUGAUGAGGUUGCUCCUCCUCAGCGGCGCUGACCCGGAAGCGGAUACGGAAGACAAUGAACAGGAAGGGAGCAAAGGCAGGAAGAUACGGGACGAGGUCGGCCCCUUGCGCAUUAAGCGAUGGCUUGGGAAGAGUUGGGACGCACUUGUCGAAGAAACUAAGCAAAUCCGGCGAAACAGAGAGGUCGCCAAGGCGCUGGUGACCCAAAUGAGCGAGGAACUGUAUUGA